AAACAUGGCUCAGCAGGACAGUGGUGGCGCACACCUUUAAUCCUAGCACUUGGGAGGCAGAGGCAGGCGGAUUUCUUGAGUUUUAGGCCAGCCUGGUCUACACAGAGAAACCCUGUCUCGGAAAAAAAGAAAAAAGAAAUAUGUGGCUGUCACUACUGGGGUGGGUACUUGUUUGCACCCAGUGAAGGCCAGAAAUACCGUUUGGCAGCCCAGAUUUGCCACCAAGUGUCACCCAUUGGCAAGGCUGAGAGGCCACCCUGUCAUCCCCAGCCCCUAACCCCGUGCCUAUGACUGGGGCCUGAGAGUGCAGCAAGACACAGGCCUGUCCAAAUAAGACUAUACUGCAGCCCAAAAGUAGCCCUCUGUCCUAUUCACCCUGGGAGCUGGUGACUAAUGGCUUCGGCUGUGGACACUCACUCAUCCCCAAAGGUCCCACCAGGGUAGAGCUGAGACAUUCAAGCUUAGUAGAUACUUGGAUGCCAUGCACAGCAUGUAGCAUGUUGUAGCCUCAGUUUCUCUACCUGGGAUACAAGGGGUUCAUCCCCACCCCCACUACACUAUGAAGUCUCCGGCCUGCUGGCCUCUCCUGAGUGCAGCGUCCCAGCUUGCAAAGAGACAGAGCUGGGGAAGGGGGUUGGGGGAGGCAUGGAGGUAAGGGCAUCCCAAGGUGCCCAGAAUUGGAGAGCAGGCCCUGCCCUGUAGAAGGGGGUCCAGCCAGCCCAGGGCAUCAAGGAGCCCAUAGACGGCGAAGUAGGGAAGCAGACCCUGCGCUCAGACCUCUCCCUGUGCACACUUGGACUCUUUAAGUCCCGGAAACUGUCUCCAGCUCCCACUCCAGCUGUUUCCUUCCUUUGGCGUGUCCAUGACUAAGAAUAGGGCCCCCCCCAGCCUCGGCGGAAGCCACAGCCACAGGGGGUACGUCCUGAGCCUCAGCUCCCACACCACCCCAGCAGCCUUGAGCCAACCCCUCCCAUCCUUGACAGUGUGUGGUUGGGAGCCUUAGCCGGGAAAUUGCAGCCCCAGGCCUCAAUUUUUGUGGGCUCUGCUUGCAUCUGCCUAAGUUUUACCAUGCAUUCUGAGCUCUUGUCACCUCCACACAACAAAGUUGAAUGUCCUUCGGCCAUUGCCUGAUUCUCCAGACCGGACAUGUCCUUAUCUCCGGCCAAGGGACAGAGGAAGAACUUACAACAGCAGCCUCUCUGCUUCCCCACCCCAACCUGUCUGCUUUGUACCCUCUUCCCACCACCAGACUUGCCUGCCAGCACACCUAUUCAUCCCACAAAGCCUGUCUUCAUACCCUUUACACCCACAGCAUUGAUACCUAGCCAGAGAGCGAGAGGGUAAGGACAUUUGCUUUGCCUCAGCAGCCCUGAGUACAGAAACCUGGGGUGAUCUGUGUCCAUUUCUGUCCCUAGCUUAUGGGAUGGAUAGAGAGGGCAGGCCCAGCUAGGAAGUCAGAGAGGAACUGCAGAAAGUCCUCACCAGAGUAAGGGCAGGUCAGGGUUCAGGAGUGAAUGUCGGGAUGGGCGGGAAGCCUCAGGAGUGUGAGACAGGAAGGGUGGGGGUGCUGCAGCAGGCAAGGGGCUUCCUGCUGCUGACAGGAGUCUGGCUGACCCUGGGCAGGCUGGAACUGGGAGGUUGGGGUCACAGCCAGGACCUGUCAGGGCCAAAGAGGCCCAAGAUCACCUCCCCCCACCUACCCGCCCCCCUCAAGCCACAGGGCACAGGACUAACACCCCCUGUCUGUCAGGGCUUCAGGCAGUGGGUCUGCAGGGGAGGGUUCCCCAAGACUGCUCCAUCUCUAGAGGACAGCCUGGUCUCUGGCCUUCCCCAUUGCACCCCUCCCCCACCACAGCCCUCUCCUGCCCAGUCAGGCUAGAGCUGGCCUUGCUGUCCCAAGACCCCUGGAAGGCUCCUGGACAGCCGCUAGUUGCUGCUGUGCCAGGACCAGCCCCAUCUGGCCUCUCAGCCCUUCCCAAUGGGGCCUGGGGCCUCGGGUCCCUGGCCUGCCAACAACUGAUGUCUCUUCUCUGUCACCCUUGUGCCCUGCCUAGUUCCCACCCUAGCAGUGAGGCACCCAGCGGAGAGGCGAGGCCAGCGCAGGGGGUGGGGCUGGUGAGAGACAGGCAGAAAGACAGAUGGAGACAGGGCGGGACGGGAAACAGUCUCACAGUCCCAUCCCUCCCGCCUUGGGCGCCUGAGGGUCCCCAGCGCUCCCCUGUACCCACGGCCCCAGGGCUCCUGUUGGGACCUUCCCCAGGGGACUCCCCUACCUCCUCUCUCUGCCUGGCCUGGAACACAGAGGACACCUGGAUACAGACAGCACCCGUGCGCUGGAACCAGCUCCAGCCCAACGUCCCGGGCCCCCUGCGUCUGAUGGGGCGCUGACACCCUCUCCAGGUCAGUCUCAGGAGCCAUGUGGCCCAAUGGCACCUCGCUGGGGGCCUGCUUCCGCCCGGUGAACAUCACUCUGCAGGAGCGGCGUGCCAUCGCAUCUCCGUGGUUCGCUGCAUCCUUCAGCGCGCUGGGCCUGGGGUCCAACCUGCUGGCGCUGAGUGUGCUGGCCGGGGCGCGGCCCGGCGCGGGGCCCCGCUCCUCCUUCCUCGCGCUGCUGUGCGGCCUCGUUCUCACCGACUUCCUGGGGCUGCUCGUCACCGGCGCCGUCGUGGCGUCGCAGCACGCCGCCUUGUUGGACUGGCAAGCCACCGACCCCAGCUGCCGCCUGUGCCACUUCAUGGGCGCGGCCAUGGUAUUUUUCGGGCUGUGCCCCCUGCUUCUGGGGGCCGCCAUGGCCGCCGAGCGCUUCGUGGGCAUCACACGGCCCUUCUCACGACCCACGGCCACGCCACGCCGCGCCUGGGCCACCGUCGGGCUGGUGUGGGUGGCGGCCGGGACGCUCGGGCUGCUGCCACUGCUGGGCCUUGGCCGCUACAGUGUGCAGUACCCCGGCUCCUGGUGCUUCCUGACGCUCGGGGCACAGCGCGGUGACGUGGCCUUCGGACUCAUGUUCGCGAUCCUGGGCAGCGCGUCCGUGGGGCUGUCCCUCCUGCUCAACACCGUGAGCGUGGCCACGCUCUGCCGCGUCUACCACACGCGCGAGGCCGCGCAGCGCCCGCGGGACUGCGAGGUGGAGAUGAUGGUUCAGCUCGUGGGCAUCAUGGUGGUGGCCACGGUGUGCUGGAUGCCCUUGCUGGUCUUCAUCGCGCAGACCUUGCUGCAGACACCGCCUGUCAUGAGCCCCUCCGGGCAACUGUCGUGGACCACAGAGCACCAGCUGCUCAUCUACCUGCGCGUGGCCACAUGGAACCAGAUCUUGGACCCCUGGGUCUACAUCCUCUUUCGCCGGUCUGUGCUUCGGCGCCUGCAUCCACGGUUCAGUUCACAGCUCCAGGCUGUGUCCUCAAGUCCGCCUCCAGCCCAGGCCAUGCUCAGUGGAUCCUGAAGGAUGGCGCCACUUAAACCUGGGGUCCUUGGUGACUGUCGUUGACCUGUGCCCUGUCCCAGGCGCCUGAGUGUUUGGUGGACUAAGGAUGGAGCUACGACAUGGGGCUGACCCCUGUGACCUGCAAAGAUACCUCCUUGAUGUAGGGAGUUUCUCUCUGGCCCUCUCCCCAGGUUACUCCCCGUCAGCUAGGAGCCUGGGCACACGUGUGGGAGGCCCCUUGCAGUAAUCUAGAAUUCCACGGGAGAACCUGGAGGCGUCUCCCACCUUGCCAAUGUCCGAGUCUGAGACACAUUCCUCCAGGCUCAAGGAUCACCGGCCUUGGGUGUUGGAAGCACCCACUCUGGUCCCCGUAUCCCGGUCUGGGUUCUACCAACCUCUCCAGUGUUUACUGAGCCCCCUUCCUCCACGGCUGUACAACACAUGUGCUCAAUAAAUGGUUGAAUGUCCAGGUUCUGGAG